UAAAAAAUCUAAGGUAGUAGCAGAAGUUUAGAGUGAAAGAAAGAAAAAGAAAAUGGCAAUUCUCAAGGUUCAUUGUUUUUUGAUCAUAUUGAUUGUGAUGGUCGGAUUUGUUACGUCCAGAAAUCUUGAUGGCCAUGAUAAGAAGUGUCCAUGUCAGCGUCAGGGUCUUGUAGAUAUGUUACGGAAAUGUGAGAAAUAUCUGUCAACCGAAUUAGGGAAAGCAUUAGUGCAACCAGACGGAGACUGUUGCGCGGCUGUAAGAUCUGCGGAUGUGAAAUGUUUAUUGAAAUAUGUGGGUUAUAUGGAAGGAAUUGUUAGCCGUGAAAAAGUUGUCUACGUGAAUGAGUAUUGUAACACCAUCAAUACUGGACAUCAUAAAGUUCUUGUUUGAAGCCGGGGAGAUGAAUGAAAAAUAAGGGAGGCGUUAAAAAUGGGCUGAGAUUUUAAAUUGCCAUUCAUUGUUGUAAUGAGUUUGGUGUGUAUGCCUCCAUGGCUUUCUUUGGUUUUUA